AUGUAGGAAAGAAACGGGUAGCCGUAGACAGCGUUCGAUUCAAAACAAGAGACAACCACACACUUCGCCGUAACGUCAACUUCUGUCAGUGCAAACAUUCGUAUACAAACACAAAUACAAACACACACACACGCACACAAACGCUCAAACGAUCUCAUAUAUGCACACCAAAUGGGUCGUCUCAAGCCAUAACAUUUCAUAUUACAGCAUAAAAUAUACCACAUUAAUGAUAGAACGGGACACGAACAUUAACUAGACGAUUCAGAAGUCAAUAUUGGAAUAUUAUUUCUAAUUUUUCGUUGUCGUUUUGUUUCGUUCAUCUGGUAAAGAAAGAACUUCUUCUGCUUCGUGCUUUUACUCUUGGUUCCUAUAAAAAAACAUCCACUGAUUAGUGUGCGUGUAUUCUUUCUAUUUUUUUUCAAUGAUGAUUUUUCAUAGAAACGUGCUAAAAACAAUAGCAUUUUUAUAUAGAAAAAGAAGAAACAUAUAAGAAAAUUAAAGAAGAAGAAGGCGACGUAGAAAACGGUCUUUGGAGUGACAGAUAGAAGAAGAGAAAGAAAUAAGAGAGCGAGAGAGUAAGUCAGCUAAAGGAGAUAGGAUUGGAAUUGCAUUAAAAAACGUCAUUAUCCACUAUCAGCACGAAAUCAAAAAUUACCCGAUAGUGAAAUGGAUAGCCCUUUUCAUUCAUUUUGCGACUUGAUCAAGGUGAUUGAUCAGAAUGAAGAUUCGAUUGUAUUGGAUCGCAAACUCAGAUACCUGGCUAGUGACAUUAAUGAAGUUCUUGAAGGCGAUGAAAAUAUGUUAUGGUCGGCAUUGCAAUAUUUUAAUGAACGAGCACUGGAAGAAGAAGGAUUUGCCAUCAAUUUUGCUCUGUUGUUCACGUCUUGCCACUUUGAUGGUUUACGAGAGCAUUUGCAAUCAUCUGAUGGCAAUAGCAUUUUUCGGGCACACAUUUUAAACAUGCUUCAACAAAAUUAUUCAAAUGCUGAAAAGCUGAAAACAUUGAGUAUGGACCAUUUUUACAAUUCAAUCACGUUGCUAGGUGAAUUUUACAAUCGUUUGCAUCAAAAAUCCCACCCAGUUUUAAUAAUUGGUCGCAGUCUCUUUGAACUGUUAACCAAAGAAUUAAAAUCUGAGUCCGCCAAAUGUACAAAUGAUCCGACGCAUGUAUUCAAUGUGCAAUUCUCCAGACUGCUACUAACUCAAGUUACCUUAAAUGGUUCACUAGCAAAGACACACCAUUCAAAUGAAAUUGAUCAGCUAUUCUAUGAGCUGCGUAAGUGUUUGAUAGAGGUGCCGAAUUUGGCAUCGAUGACGAAAGCGUUUCUACUAAUGUCAUUAGAUCUCUACUAUAGUGGAUUCAAGAGUGUUGGCACCAAUUUGGAAAAAUUUUAUAGUAAAUUUUUAGAUGAGCAUGAUAGCACAGAAAAUCGAAGUCAACAUCCUCUGCCUGAUUCAAAAAAAUUUAUCGAAUCCGAUGAACCGGCAAAUAGAAGUUACAGUCUGCGUAAUUUGAAAAAGGAUUUUGCCUGCCUAAAAACAAACGGUGGACAAGAUGAUCAUCGUAGAAUAAAUCGCGAAUAUUUAAAUCGGCCUCUCAAAGCUAGCGAUAGACUGAAAUACUUUCAAAAUAGCAAUUCAGAACUGACAAAAGAGGUGAGACGUACCGAUGACACGCAAAAAUCACCACGCAUUCAAGCAAUUAAAGGAUCUAGUUCAGAAAUAUGCUUAAGUCAAACCAAUUCGCUAAAUAACAAUCAAUUCGAAUGCAAUGAUGCAUCAGCUAAUCGACUGACGCUACUAACUAUAUCGACAAAUUACCAAGAUCCAGCUACAAUCAACACACUAACAACGAAAGUUGAAACCGUUGCCAGUCCAACUGAGUCACACGAAAGUGUACGGCAAAAUAUUCAUCCAAAGCUGGAGAAUUUUAAUUGGUUCGAAGCAGUUGAACGAGAAGAACUUCCUGAUUUUACACCCAAUCUCAACAAUAGUAGUGGAAGUAACAAAUUUGAUACAUUGAGUGUGGCAUCAUAUAGUUCGAAUCCGGCGAGUCCACAGGAGCGCAUAUCACCGAAACCAUCGAAUACGAAUCGUAGCCGACGCAACAGCUUGAAUCGCUUUCGUUCCGAGUACUAUCGUCAAUCGAACGAAGAUUUACAUCAACAGAAUGAAAAACGUACACAUCGAAAUGAUUCAAAGCAAAACUAUCAUCAGAGUUGGCGUAGUACGGGUGGUCGAAGUUCACCACGAAAUGACUCACGUAAUGGAUAUAAUAAACGUGGUGAUUAUGACCGUGAAAGCUCGAAUAACAACGGACGACACAAUGAUGGUGGGAGUUAUAAUAGACGAAAUCUUACUCGGGGCGGAAGUGUCGAUAGUAAAGGUAAAGAUUUUGGUCAACAACGCACUCGACAUGAUUCGUUCAAUCGACGAAAUCAAGAAAACGACAAUUUUGAACAUUUCCAAUCGUACAAUCGCAAAUCGUUCUCACGAAACAAAGAUAAUUUCAUGAAUAAUCGCACGCUGCCGCCCAGACUACAACAGAAAUGGCAACAGCAACGAGCCGACUACAACAAUGACUGUGAUAAUCCAAAACGAUUCAAUAAUCGAAAUACACAAAAUAGCACUGGCAAUAUUAGCAAGGCACCGCUGAGUGGUGGUCGAACUGAGAUAUAACUUCUCCCACAAAAUAUAACGAGGCCGAACGAGGCAUACGAACAAAAAAAAAAACAAAUAAAGUCGAUAAAUAUUAAUGUGCUUUGAAGAAAUAAGCAAGGGAAGUAACAGCCAGCCGAAAGGAUGUUCUAAUGAAUAUAUAUUUUUAUAUAUUCUCACUCCACAUUCAAGAAUUUAUUCUUGUAUAAUAUUAUAAUAACUACAACAAGAACUAUAACAGCAACAAAACAGAUCUUGCAUAUCAGCCCAUCGGUUUGCGAUUCAGGCGACAUUAAUGAUUUUUUAAAGAUGAUGACAAUAGCAGUUAAGUUGAAUGCGAAAUAUUAUGAAAUAAAAAGGAUAUUUUUAUGUACAGGUACACGUCGAGAGGAGAAACAUAUUUUCUUGAUAUCGAUAGUUAUUUGGGGCUAAGAUAACCUAUCACUUAGGAUUCAACGACUUUUGUUUUUCGUUCAGUACAAUUUUUCUACAUGCAUAAUUUUAAUCUAAAGUAAAAAACACAGAAUAGUUAAAUUAAUAAAAAAAAAUUCAAUCAAAAGGACUUGGGAAAGCAUGUUUAAAUUUUAUUAGAUAUGUCAGGUGUGUUCUGGAGCAGACAAAUCUAAAUUACGAUGAGAAUCAAGUCAAAUGUCACCAUAAAAAUGCAAAAUUCUUUGAUUGUAUUAAAAAAGUGUUAAUGAGGGAAAUAAAUUGUAUAUUUUUGUCAUUGUAGAAUGGCAACAAUAUCUGUGAAACGUGGAGAAAAAAAUAGUACCUCGAUGAAACAAAUAAAUUCUGGUUUUUGUUCACAUCGAAGCCAAAAACUUAUUAAACGAAAUAAAACUAGGCAAUUAUGAUGAUAUUUGAUUUAAAAAACACAAAACAUGAAUGAUGAUAACUGUUCAAUGAUAGUCCGUAAAAAACAGCAAAAUAACAAUUGCCUUAAUGUUUAACGAAUAAAACGAGUUUAAUUUUA